GCCUUUUAAUGCCUCAGAACUUAAGGCAAGCUCCUAUGCUGUUGUAGACUGCGAUCAAGCAAGAAGGGAAGUUAGUGUCCGCACUGGAGGAGCCACAGAUAAGACAUCAAAAAAGAUGUACACGUUUGAUAUGGUGUUUGGAGCUCAGGCAAAGCAGAUUGAUGUCUACAGAAGUGUUGUGUGUCCCAUUUUGGAUGAAGUUAUUAUGGGCUACAACUGCACAGUGUUUGCUUAUGGCCAAACUGGUACUGGUAAGACCUUCACAAUGGAAGGGGAGAGGUCACCAAACGAGGAAUAUACUUGGGAAGAGGACCCUCUGGCAGGUAUAAUACCCCGAACAUUGCAUCAGAUAUUUGAAAAACUCACAGAGAAUGGUACAGAAUUUUCAGUGAAAGUCUCUCUUUUGGAAAUCUACAAUGAGGAGCUUUUUGAUCUUCUAAAUCCUACACCUGAUGUUGGAGAAAAACUGCAGAUGUUUGACGAUCCUCGAAACAAGAGAGGUGUCAUUAUUAAAGGCUUGGAAGAAGUAACUGUACACAACAAGAAUGAAGUCUACCAAAUCCUGGAAAGAGGUGCAGCAAAAAGAACAACUGCAGCUACUCACAUGAAUGCGUAUUCCAGCCGUUCCCACUCUGUGUUUUCAAUUACCAUCCACAUGAAAGAAACAACAGUAGAUGGAGAGGAACUUGUUAAAAUUGGAAAGUUAAACUUGGUUGAUCUUGCAGGAAGUGAAAACAUUGGUCGAUCUGGGGCAGUUGACAAAAGAGCUCGUGAAGCUGGAAAUAUCAACCAGUCUCUCCUGACACUAGGAAGAGUUAUUACUGCUCUAGUGGAAAGAGCCCCACAUAUUCCAUACAGGGAAUCUAAACUCACAAGAAUACUUCAGGAUUCUCUGGGAGGACGGACAAAAACGUCAAUAAUUGCCACAGUUUCUCCUGCAUCUGUAAAUCUUGAGGAAACAUUGAGUACCUUGGAAUAUGCCCAUAGAGCAAAGAACAUAAUGAACAAGCCUGAAGUUAAUCAAAAGCUAACCAAAAAAGCCCUUAUUAAGGAAUACACCGAAGAGAUUGAGCGUCUGAAGCGAGACCUUGCAGCUGCACGAGAGAAAAAUGGAGUCUAUAUUGCCCUGGAAAAUUAUGAAGCCCUUAACAGAAAACUGACUGUUCAGGAAGAACAAAUUGCAGAGUAUAUUGACAAAAUCCAUGCCAUGGAGGAAGAAAUGAAAAGAGUCACUGAACUCUUCACAGAUAGUAAAAAAGCAAUUGCACAGUAUGAAACAGAUCUGCAAAUUAUGGAGAAAGAACUAGACCAAACACAGAAGCAUCUGCAAGAGACCAAGGUUCAUCUGGCUGAAGAAGAAUAUGUGGUUUCGGUUUUGGAAGGCACUGAACAAGAACUUUAUGACACAGCUAGCAAGCUACUUGGUACAGUUGAAGAAACUAAGAUGGAUGUAUCUGGGCUCCAUGCGAAACUGGACCGUAAGAAAGCUGUUGAGCAAUACAAUGCUGUUGUCCAAAACACGUUUUCGGAACAAAUAAGUGCUUUGUUCAACAAAAUACAAGACUCAAUUAGUGAAAACAGUUUGAAGCAGCAAAACAUGUUGACAUCUUACAAAAAUGCUUUAGGUGGCCUCCUGUCUACCUGUCAUUCAGCAGUUAAUGUUCUGGCAUCAGUUACAUCAGCACUUCUUGCCUCUGUUAAACAAUCGAUGCUUACUGAAGCUGCUCACUUGUCUGAAAAAUUAAUGCAGCAUGAGAAUCUAUCACUUGAUUGUAAAGCUGAGCUGAUGAGAUCAAUUGAGGGACAUACAUCUGAAUUACUACAAGUGUUGAAUGGCUCGACACAGAUGAUGGAGUUUGUCUUGAGGUUAAACUGUCAGUUUCGGGCUAGCACGGAGAAAUACUCUGCUGUGGUUCACGAGAUGGAGGAUUGCAAAAAGGAAAUUAGUACCUUCUUUGGAGACCUCUCUCUCACUCUGAAAAACAUACAGGAGGAAACAGCCAGUAUCUUCGCUGAGCUUCAGCACAAUUGUGACAGUUUAAAAGAAGAAAUGGAAAUGAUGAAAUUGGCACAUACAAAGAGGAAAGCUGAACUCAUAUCCUCACUGCAAAGCCAGCUUGACUUGUUUGCUCAGGAGACUCAGAACGACUUUGCUAAGGUGCUCACAAAAAGUGGAAGCUUGAAGACCACCAUCACUGCUCUGCAAGAAAAUGUUCACAUGAAAACUACAGACCUUGUCAGCAGUACAAAUUCCAAUCACAGCAAAUGUACUGCAUUUCUGGAUAAUGUCUCUCAAAACCUCAGGAGCAUGAAUACAAAAAAUAAGAUGAUGCUGGAAGAAUCCAAUGACAAUUGUCAAAGUCUUCUUGCUGAUCUCAAAACAUUGUCUCAGGAUACCAAUACAUGGGGUGAACUUACAACUGCUCAGCUGGUCAGCUUUACUGAUCAGCAGCUUUUGGCCCUCAGUCAUGAGAAGGAGCAACUGCAGAGUCUACAGAAGAAAAAUGAAGAAAACUGUGAUAAAGCAGUAGCUGAAAUUGCUGAUCAUGCUCAUAGACAAACGGCUGCUGAGGAGAAGAGGUUAAACAACCUCCUUGAUCAGAUAAAGGUGGAUGAGGAGACACUCCUGGAGCAGAAGCUGUCACUUAAUGGGGAAGUGCAGCACGGGCUAACUCUGGUUAAUGGUUUCCUGCAAGACGAUCUUAAAGUGGAUAUUCCAACAGGGACAACUCCACAGAGAAGAGACUAUGUUCAUCCAGUCUCGCUUGUGAGAACAGAGCCCCGUGAGAAUCUCUUGGAGCGACUAAGGCAGGAGCAAGAAAAGCUUCAUACUAUGCUGGAUGGUGUAACAAAGGAGGAAGAAGGUAAUGGUCAGGACCUGUUGGAAGAUGGAAGGUUGCAAGAAUGCAAUGAAAGCCUGGACAGUGAGAAACUCUCAGCGGAUACAAACGUACACUGCCAUGCAAGUGGUGGUGUUCCUUUUUUCAGGCGCAAAAGGAGGAGUCGCAGAAAGGGUAAGGAGAACAAAUCUGGAGCCACACUGGAGAACAAAGCAGAGGAUACGACAGAGGAGUGUUCUGACAAAUCUAAGCUUCCUUUAAGAUUACUGAACUAG